AUGGAUUAUUUAAAUAAUUCAAAUAUUAUUUUAAAUGAUAAAUUUGAUUUAAUUUCUAAAAUUACUAUUUUUAAUAUUAUUACUCCUAAAAAGGAUAAUUUAUUAUUAUCUCCUUCUUCUUCUUCAAUUAAUAAUACAAUUAAUAAUAAUAAUAAUAAUAUUUCAUCAUCAGUUCAAUCAAGAAUUAAAUCUAAUAAUGAAAUAUUAUUUCCAACAACAAUAUCAACAAGUACAAUAAAACAAAAACAUGACAAUACAAAUGAUAUUAUUGAAUUGACACAUUCACCUACAUUGGAAGAUGAUAAAGAUAAGAAUGAAUUAUUAACAUCACAACCUUUAUCAUCAUUUAAUAAACAACAACAACAAGAUGAUACUACAAGUAAAUUAAAUUUAUAUAAUAAUAAUAAUAGUCCAUCAUCACCACAAAAUGUACCAUCAACAAGUAGAAGUGAUUUAUCAACUGCAACUAAUACAGUUACAUUUACAUUAUCAUCACUUUCUAAUUUAACAUCUACAACAGAUGAUAUUUCACCUUCAUUAUCUAUCACUCCUAAAUCACAUUAUCAUCAUCAUUUUGAACCUCAACAACAAGAACAUAAUGCUAUAGAAGAACAACAUGAUUCACAUCAUUCAUUGCAUAGUAAUAAUGAACAUAUUAAUAAUAAUGAAUUAAAUCUAGUAAUAUUACAUAAGAAUGAAUUAUUAAUUAAUACUAAUGAUAAUGAUAUGAGUGAUUUAAUGAGUUAUACAAGUACUACCACAUCUGUUAUAUCACCCUAUUCAAUAGAUACUGAUCAAUGUUAUAUUGAUACUGAAUUUGGAUGUGGUCAUUUAUUAAUAACAACAUCUAAUUCUAUUAAUAAUUUAAAUAAUAAUAAUAAUAAUUUAAAUAAUAAUAAUUUAAAUGAUAAUAAUAAUACAUUUAUAUCAGGUAAUGAAUAUGAAUUUAAUUUAAUUACAAUAGAUUUAGAAGGUGAAAAAAUAGAUGUUGGUGGUGAAUUAUUUACAUUCCAACUACUAAAUAAUGUUUUCACAAAUGAUAAAUGA